CGACCAGCUCUGAUAUUUCGCAGCCGGGACGAUGGACAACAGGCUUUGAUAUGUACAUUCAAUCCCUGACCACCUUCCAGAAGUUAUUAUCCCACCAUUGAUCUCACCUAAGAACGUGGUCAAAUCAACCCUCAAUCAAUCAUCCUCGCUCUCGAGUCUCUAUGCCGUGGUCUUCUUCUACCCCCUCCGACGAUGAACGCGUCAUUCCUUCAACCAAAGAUCGAUCCAGCUUCGCAGCCAGAAAUCCUGUGUAUUUCUCCAGACCACCAAGCGUCUCCUCCUCUUCCUCCUCGUCCCCGUCUUCACCCCCUCCUCCUUACGAGGAUAUCCACGCAGUCGGUAAAUCGAUUGGGUCACCCCCGAUACUCAGUGUCGGUGCUGUUGGGACCGCCACUUACGCCUCUGACUUCGGCCCCCCUGAUUUAUCCACUGCCCCUGUUUCUAUUCUUCGCAAACAUAACCUCUCCCCACUGCCGGGAUGGAAUCAGAGCUCAGACGUGACAAUUUCACAUCUGCGAGAAGCCCUUGAUUCACUGGAUACUCAGGUGGCUUCCCUACUUAGCAAACGCCAGGAGCUCGAGUCACAUCUGGAGCAAGCUGUUCGUUCUCAGUCUCCCAUCUUCCGUUUACCCGAAGAACUCGUGUCGUUGAUUUUCGUUACUGGAGUUUGCGAUGCAGGGGACGAGGAUCCGUUGAUGAUAUCUAGUCUAAUGCUGGUGUGCCGAUAUUGGAGGGAUAUCGCUGUCAACACACCAGAGCUGUGGUCGACAAUCUGCAUCAGCCCUCACGACUCGAUCGAGAAGGCACGUCGGAGGCUCGCUCGUUCCAAAUCUGUUCCCCUGGACGUUACCAUUAACUUCAGUCCCCGCGUUGACAAUCCAUCAGCCGUCACAGAGAAUAUCGUUCGCGCCAUGGAUCUUCUUCGACCCGCUCUUUGGCGCACGAAGACUUUCCGCCUUAGUGUGCCCAACAGACCUCAAGCCCACGCUGCUCUACUGCGAUGCAAAGAGGACGCUCCCUUCCUCGAGACGCUCUCGAUCUGCAUAUAUCACUCGAUGCAGGACGAUCAUCACGCUAGCCCCUGUCUUCCCCUGUUCAAUGGUUACACACCGCGCUUGCAGUCUUGUUCUUUCACGUCUUUCAACUUCGGUUGGGAUGGAAGGAUCAUGUCUGGUUUACGCGUUCUUCAUUUAGGGGGUUAUUGGAAUGGAUAUUCUCCAUCUGUAGAGACCUUGCUUGAUGUCCUUCGCGGCUGUCCCGACCUACAGGAGCUCGCACUCCGCAACAUGACAGAUGCGGACGUAGACAAUCUCACGCAUCACGACCAAGAGUUUUCCGCGGCCAAAGUCGUAAGGCUUCCACGACUGACCAAGGCCUCAUUCUAUUAUGCUGGGCAACAUUCCCAGGUCACCUUUCCAGCGUUGCAGUCCCUCGAUCUCAGCUACCUUGAUAACUUAACGCCUAUCCUGGAACACCUGAGGCAACAAUCCCUGACGUCACUCCCAUUGCAACACCUCCGCAUCGAGUCGAGCCUCUUCAACGAAUCCAAAUUCGUGAAUUUGCUGAGGCGGUUGAUGUCACUUACGACUUUGGAGUUAAUAGACAUAGAAGAUAUUCUCAUGCUUCCUUCUGAAGGUAAGGACCCGGCCGAUAAUCUCUCGGCACCGCCGGCCUCCCACCCGUGGAUUUGUCCCAAACUAGAGCGGCUGAACCUCGACGGGUGUACCACACUAGAAUGGGAUGCCUUGCGAACACUAGUAGAGUCUCGUCUUUCCGGGAAGCUGUCACAAUUACCGUCUUCAGCAACCCCUGGCCCUCGGCCAGUCUCAUCCGCCUCGGCAUCCGCUUACAUUCAUUCCCUUGCCUCCACGCGGUGUAGCAGUCCUGUGCCCGGUCCUCGGCGACUGUCAUCCGUCGAUGUGACACGUUGCCAUCAGAUAAGCAAGGAGAUGGUUCAGUGGCUACGUAUGUACGUGCGUGACGUCCGUUGUGAAUCCGUGAAGAGCAUCUGGGGUGAUUCCAUCUUACCCUGAUGUCGCGGGCUGGACUAAUCAUCAUCAAGACCCAACAACCAUACAUCUUUUCAUUUUCACUUCUCUUUUACACUGCCGCAUAUUUUUCAGCCCAGACAAACAGAAUGCCCACUACAAUCGAGGCAGGUAUUUAUUAGCAUUUGGAUCAAACGAUACUUGCAACGUUGUAUCUACUCAU